GUCAGGAGGAGGGCAAAAGAAGAAAACAGUAGGAGGCAGGGAAGCAGUCUCUGUCUCCAUCUCUGCCCUUUGAAAUAAAAGGGUAUUCGUUUCCUCCCUUCAGCCCCCAACCCAGUGAAGGCCCAGCUUGGGACAUUCUUCGCUUCCCUUCACUUCCCCUCUGGGAGUCCCUUUCACCACCCCUGCGCCUUGCUUCGGGCGAUGCCCGAGAGGGAGCUGUGGCCAGCAAGGCCUGGCUCGGAACCCGUGACCUGCAUCCGCAGCUGCGACAGCAUGAUGAGCGCCACCUCCACCCGCUCUGGAUCUAGUGACAGUAGCUACGACUUCCUGUCUGCAGAAGAGAAGGAGUGUCUGCUGUUCCUGGAGGAGACCAUUGGCUCAUUGGACAUUGAGGCCGACAGCGGACUCUCCACUGACGAGUCUGAGCCAGCCACAACUCCCCGGAGUUUCCAAGCACUGCCUGUAGCACAGCUGGAUCCCCAGAGAAACUCAGAGAAGACGAUCAUUCAGCAAGGACCAGAGCCAAGGAGGGUGACUCAGUCCUCCUCAUUUCAUCCCCGUGAGCCUCACAGCUUGGGCUUCAAGUCUGGCUCCUAUAGCCUCCCUAGAAAUAUCCAUAUUGGCAGAAACCAGUACCUCAAGAAAAGCACCACCCAGACUGACAGUCACUUCCCUGGAGAAUCUAAGGGGCCCCUAGCUGAACCUAAGAAAAAGCAGACCAGCCAGAGCAAGGGACCCAGCCAGGCACCAGCUGAUCCCCAGGGGGCUGCCCUUGACCUGGACGUGGUACUCAUUCCCCCGCCUGUGGCUUUCCAGGACGCCCAGCCAGAGCAGGAUAGGAAAGACAACCUGCCCAAGGGGCCAGGAGAGCAUCGGCCCCAGCUCCACCCACCAUUCAGCUCCCUGGAUAGAGUAGAGCCAGAUUCAGAGACCAUGUCCCAUGCAGCCACUGGGAAAGGCUCAACAGGGGGUGCAGGACAUCCACAGCCUCCUCUCACCGAGUCGUCUUGGGUUGCUAGAGCUGAAGAUACUUCCCUGCCACCAGGGGCCGAUCCAAAUUCCAGAGUGGCUCCACUCACAGCCCCAAAGCCCCGGAAACUGCCACCCAACAUUGUUCUGAAGAGCAGCCGAAGCAGCUUCCACAGUGAUCCCCAGAACUGGCUGUCCCGUCACACUGAGGCUGGAGAUUCUGGCCUGGUGUCAUCUUCACUGCAGGAGCAGAGGAAAGCACGCAGAGAAGCACUGGAGAAGCUGGGGCUACCUCAGGACCCAGAGGAGCCCAAUCUCCCCUUGAGUAGGCCCACGAGCUCCUUCAGACUCAAGGAGUCUCAGGGCCGUGGCCCUUCCCCAGCCCCAACCCCAGCUCCAGCUCAGCCAUCCGCUCCAGCUCCCAUAGCAGCAGUUGCUCCUGCUGCAGAGAAGAUUCCAGCUCAGGGAUCUUCCCCAGUGAAGCCUCCAGCACCAGCUCUAACUCAGGGGCCCUCUCCAGGCAAGGUUUGGAUUCCUGCCCAGGAACCCUCUCUCAUGAAGGUUACCAAAUCCACACCAAUCCCUAUCCCUAAGGCUCCAAAGGCAAACAGUGGCCUAAGUCAGCCAAAGCCAGACUCAGGACUGACUCUCCAGGAGAGCAACAUCCCUGGCCUGAGACAGAUGAACUUCAAGUCCAACACUCUGGAGCGUUCAGGCGUAGGACUAAGCAGCUACCUCUCUGCUGAGAAAGACCCGAGUCCCAAAACCAGCACUUCUUUGGGAAAGGGCUCCUUCUUGGACAAGAUCUCACCCAGUGUCUUGCGUAAUUCUCGGCCCCGCCCUGCCUCCUUGGGCACUGGGAAGGACUUUGCAGCUAUCCAGGUUGGCAAGUUGAAGGACCUGGAGCAGGACCAGAGCUCCAAGCGCCUGUCCUACCAAGGACAGAGCCAUGACAAGCUUCCUCGACCCCCCUGUGUCAGUGUCAAGAUUUCCCCAAAGGGCAUCCCUGAUGAACAUAGGAGGGAGGCCCUGAAGAAGCUGGGGCUGCUGAAGGAGUAGGCCACCAGUGCCACCAUCACUAAAACAAGAGGAAAGACUGCGGGUUCCACUCAGGAGCCCUGUGACCUCGCAGCUCAGGGCUGGGGCAGCCAAAGGCUCCUCUCAGGUGCUCUGUGCUCUUGGAGGUGAAGGGGAGGGAGAGACUUUUGUCCAAGCAUGUGUUUAAUUCAGAAUGAUUGUGCCAUUGACCACCUCUCCGGAUCAUUCUGAAAAUGAAAUAGACAAGAGGGGGGCAUACACAUGUGUGUUUGGGGGCACUAUACGUAUCACUGGCACUAUUUAUGUAACAUACAAAGGCACUGCUCAGAAUUCUACUCUGGUUGAAAUUUUUCUUACAAUGGAGAGGGGAGUCCAAGCCCGAGCAGAAAAGUCAAAUGAGAUGAUGAAUGUGCAAGUGACCUGAAAGAAAAGUUAUAGUCGGCACAUAAAGGUUUACAUGAAAUGUGGGCCUCCUCGAACCCCUGCAAGAAAUGGAGACUGGCUCAUACCUUGCUGGAUCCCUCUCUCAGUUCAGGCUUUCUGGACAAGGCCUAAAGCCUAGAGAAGUUGGUUUGUUAUCUCUUCACCCACUGCCUUCUCAGUAUCGCCAGUCCCACCAUGGUAGGACCCCUCCCUGUGACUAAACCUUAGUUCACUGAUAGCAGGAUAGCUCUUGUCAGCUCUUUAGGAUAAGAGGCCACACACUCACACCUCCACCUGCACGGGAGAGAGUCCUUGUUUGUGGGCUUGAUAAAUUCAGUAAUAAACUGUGCUGUGGUCCAUG